GUUCUCCCUGCAAUACAACAACUCGUAAGUUUAGUUUAGUUUUAGUUGACAAUAAUAAUGUCAAAUUUGGCAGGUUAAAAAAGUGUGCUUUUUAUAAGCAACAGCUCUUGCCAAUUGUUGCGGCGGCGGCGGAGUUGAAGGUGUCAUUGAAAAUAAUUAAGGCAAAGAAGUGUGGCUGGAGAACAAAGAGAGGUACAAGUGUUAAUUUAGAUUUUUUCGGGGAGGUUUGCCAGGAUUUUAAAAUCAUUGCUGGACACGAGAUUAAGCUUUGGGCGGAGGAUCAUUUGACGCCAGCAUGAAGAAGCUGAUGAUGGUGUCCAAUCUCAUUAUCGAGACUGAAAGAUGACAAGGAAUAUGCAAGGAAUUUCCAAGGAAGAUGAUUGUGGGACCUCCAGAGAAGAAAGCUUAACAAAGUGCAUUUACUUAUGUAGAUUAGAGUAAUGUGAAGAAGAUGUUCAGGAUUAAUUCACCGAAUAAUGUAAUAAGACGACCACCGUCGUCUUAUGUUUGGGUUGGGGGAGGCUGCGGUGGUGGGAGGCGGAGUUGGAGUGGAAUAUGGAACACUUUGAGCAGGACGAAGCUACUAAUUUUUUCAUUCUUACUGUUGUAUCAAGUGCCUUCAUCAGUGGAGAAAAGUUCAAACCCGUCCUCUCAGCCAACACUGAUGUUCGCUAAUCGUCAAGAUAUUCGCCUUUUAGAUUAUUACUUUACUCGCCAAAAUGGCAAUCCUCGUGGGAACACGUCUAUAGUUGUUAGCGAUUUGAUAGAAGCCACCGCAGUAGACAUUCACUAUGAAUAUGGUCUCGUGUGUUGGUCAGAUAUAGAAGAAGAAAAGAUCAAAUGCAGCUCUUUUAAUCACAGUAUUACUUCAGAAAUUGCAUCUAAGCUAAACCUAAAUAAUUCCCAAUUCUACGAUCAGAUAACCGUGGUGGACGAUGCUCUACCAGCCCCAGAAGAUCUCGUUUGUGACUUUAUUACCUCCAAGUUGUACUGGUCUGAUUCGGAAAAUAAUAGGAUAGAAGUCGUCUCAAUGUCAUAUCCGCACUAUAGAAAAGUGCUCGUUUGGGACGACAUUGACCAACCUAGAGGCUUAGCUCUUGCCAUUCAUGUCGGUCUGAUGUUUUGGAGCGACUGGGGGGAGAAUCCAAAGAUCGAAAGAGCCGGUAUGGAUGGAAGGGAGAGGAAAAUAAUUGUCGACAAACAUAUAUUUUGGCCCAACGGGGUAACUGUCGAUAUGGAACAUAAUCAUGUCUACUGGGUUGAUGCCAAGCUACAGUUAGCAGCUCGGGUCGAUUUUGACGGUUUAUCUCGAAAAAAAUUAAAUCAGGCAGAUCUCCUUCAUCCGUUUGCGUUGGCAUAUCAUAAUAAUAACCUUUAUUAUUCCGAUUGGAGCACAAGCAAUAUACACAUUCUGAAAAUUGAUGGAAAAGACAAGGACAAAGACCCAAAAACAAUCUCUACUGGUUCUAAACAGAAAUUGCAGCCGAUGGAUGUCAUAAUAUUUGAAGAACAAACUAUCCCAACUCCGAUCUGGUCAUAUAAAUAUCCUGGGAAAAAUAAUCCAUGUGAAGUUGGACGCUGUUCGGACCUCUGCCUACUAUCAAACCUUGACCCAUUCUAUACCUGCGCUUGUCCAAUUGGUAUCAAGCUCCUGAACGGCAGCCAGUGUGACAGUGCUGUCAUCAAUUUUCUGCUUGUGGCGAAAGGAAAUGGGAUCCGAAGGAUUUCACUGGACACGGAAGAUUACACGGAUGUCGUUUUAAACAUAAGUGGGAUUAAACAUGUCUUAGCUGUGGAUUAUCAUGUAAAGAGUGGAUUUAUGUUCUGGACUGAUGAUGAAGCCACUGGAAUUCGUAGAGCAAAAUUGGAUGGAUCUCAACAACAAGAUGUAGUAAAAGAAGAAAUUGUACAUCCAGAUGGAUUAGCGGUAGAUUGGGUGGCUGAAAAUUUAUACUGGACGGAUGCUGGGACAGACAGAAUAGAGGUGUCGCGAUUAGACGGAAAAAAUAGAAAGGUUUUGAUUAGUCGAGGGCUUCAGGAACCGAGGGCGAUUAGCGUUGAUCCCAUCAAAGGCUUCUUAUUUUGGUCUGAUUGGGGAAAAAAGGCAUCCAUUGAACGGUCGUACUUGGAUGGGUCAAGUCGACUUGUUCUUGUGGAUCAAGACAUUUACUGGCCGAAUGGGAUUGCUUUGGAUCUACAAGAAGGAAAAAUCUAUUGGUCUGAUGCCAAGACAGAUAAAAUUGAGAUGGCAAACUAUGACGGAUCUGAUCGCAGAGAGUUAAUUACCGAUGACCUACCUCACAUAUUUGGAUUCGCCUUGUUGGGUGACUAUGUUUAUUGGACUGAUUGGCAGCGACGAACUAUUGAACGAGCCAAUAAGCGAACUGGUAAUGAGAGAAUGACAAUCAAAGACCCCUUUACGGACCCAAUGGGAUUAAUUGGUGUGAGUGCUGACGACAAAUCUCACAACUUGACAAAUUCAUGCUCAAAAGCAAAUGGCGGAUGCAAACAUUUGUGCCUUUAUAAACCUAGCGGAGCCGUUUGUGCUUGUGCCUCAGGAUAUGAGCUUGCAUCAGACAACCAAUCAUGCUUGGUUCCAGAUGCCUUCCUCGUAUUCUCUAGAGAUGGAGAAAUUCAUCGUUUAUCCCUGAACCGAACCAACAGCAAUAAUUUCGAUGACAUCGUUCCUGUUAGUAAAGUUAAAGCGGCAGGUGCUCUGGACUUUGACACAAUCGAAAACCGAAUUUACUGGAGUGACAGUAAAGUAAAAGCGAUUAGUCGGGCAUACAUGAAUGGCAGUGAAACUGAGAGAAUUAUCGAGUUUGGAUUAGUCCAUCCAGAAGGUAUUGCUGUUGACUGGUUGUCUCGAAAUAUUUAUUGGUCCGAUAUGGGACGUCACCGUAUCGAAGUCGCCAAAUUAACAGGAGCUCACCGUCGAACUAUUUUGUGGAGUGAUAUUGAGUCCCCUCGAUCCAUUGCUCUACAUCCUUCCAAGGGUUUAAUUUAUUUCGCAUUGUGGAGGCUAUCAAAUUCAAAUCCCUCCAUUGAGCGAGCAGCUUUAGAUGGGAGUAGAAGAACUUCAUUCAUUGAUCGGGAUAUUGGUCGUGCUCAUGGAUUGACGAUUGAUUUGGAAGAGUCAUACAUGUACUGGGCAGAUAUUGACUCGAUGAUUAUAGAAAAAGCUAGUUUAGAAGAUCCUUCCAAUACACGCCAAGUUGUUCAGCGUUCCAGAGAAAGAUUUCAACCGUCUUCAUUGGCUCAAUACCAAGACUAUAUUUACUGGUCUGACAUAAAUACGCAAUCCAUCCUUCGAGCCAACAAGAGUGGAGAUGCACACCCUGUUACUCUUGGACCUGCGUCUAACAUCGUUGACAUGGCCAUUUACCACAAUCUUAAACAACAAGGUUGGAACCCUUGCUCGACCGAGUCUUGCUCCCAUUUGUGUUUCUCUGUCCCUGUAGAUCGAAAAGAUCCAUUCUCGAGUAAUAAUGUCAAAGCAAAGUGUGGUUGUCCAACUCACUACACGCUUUCACCGGACGGAAAUUGCACUCCUCCACAAGAGUUUCUCUUAUUCUCGGCUGGAGCCUCCAUUUCAAGACUGGUCUUUGACACGACCGAAUGCCCAGAUGCAGUAGUGCUUGGAAGUCAGCAACAAAAACACCGUGGAAUUAGUGCAGUCAGUUGGGAUAGUCGUUCCAGGAAUCUUUUUUGGAUCGAUCCGAAAUCAAACACUAUAAAACGAGCUGUUGAAAAUGGUGGCGGAACAACUUCAUUAUUAAACUCGGUGGAUGAAAAUUUCAAACCUUUUGACAUUGCGUUUGAUGAAGUUAGGCUACUACUUUUUUGGACAUGUGAAAGUUACAAUUCUAUCAAUGUCAGUGAUGCCACGGGACGAAAUAUUGGCUCCGUUUUGUCAUCUGCUUCACUAUAUCCUACAAAUAAUAACUACUCUCCUGAAGAUAAAUAUGCAUCUUUACGUCCGAGACAUCUCGCCCUGAAUACUUUCAAGAGUCACUUGUAUUUCAGCAACGAUGGUCGAAUUGAACGGAUUCGGUUGGACGGGAUGGAACGCGUCGUAAUUUCUAGCAGUGGUUCUACAAUUUCCGGAUUGGCAAUCGACUUGGUUGAGGGCAUGCUUUAUUGGACUGAUGCUGGUCCGAAAAGAAUUGAAACUAGUGACUUGGAUGGCAAAAAUAGAAAAGUGUUGGUAGCUGGUUUGGAUUCUCCGAGUUCGAUUGCAGUAAUGGGCAGAUACGUGUACUGGAUUGAAGAACGAAGUGGAGUAGAAAGAGUUGAAAAAUGGACUGGAGAUGAACGUCAACGUGUCCUACCUCGUAUCGAGAAUGCCAAAUACAUUACAUUCGUCAACGAGUCCCACAGUAAAAUGGCUGACCAAUGUCGCUCCCUUCAUUGUAGUCAUGUUUGCAUCGGUGGAGAAUGCUCUUGUUUUGAAGGCUUCGCACUGUCUUUUGAAGACCAACAGACUUGUAUUCCUCGCUCACCGUGUGUGUCGCACGAGUUUUCAUGCAUUCGUGGCAGAGUUGGUUGUAUCCCACUUCCUCUACGAUGUGAUGGGAAGGUGGACUGCGCCGACGGAAGUGACGAAGCUGAAUGUGAACCUUGUGAUUUUACUUGCCCUUGUGAAGGAACAUGUUUCCGAACAAAGUGUAUCACAAGGUCGCAAAUGUGCGACGGCAAAGAAGAUUGUUUCGGAUCCGCUUGGGACGAGAGUGAACAAGCCUGUUCCAAAGCGGCUACCCAAACUCCAAUUCGUGCAACGCCACUGACUCCAGUUACUACUAUACUAGUUCCUGUACUAAUUUUUAUUAUAGCAAUAUUGGGGGCCUUAUACUGGUGGUAUACUCGGAAAGGACCUGCAGUCAAUCAAUUGGAAGAAGCAAACCCUUUAAAUCAUCCUGGAACAAAUAUGACCACGGUGCCCACAAUAGAUACACUACGACAAUUUCCCAGUACAAAUGGAUCAUCUUUUGGGUCUUCUCCCUACUGUGAGCUUCUCGUCCCCCACGGCCCCAACCCGUCCCUUUGUUCGGACGAAGUUCGUUCUUUCUGCUGCCACGGGAAUUAUGCAGUUUCCUAUUACAGCAGAAUGGAACCCGUCCCCCCACCCACUCCCUGUUCAACAGAUGUUUGUGAUAAUUCUGAUAUCUAUGCAUUUGCGCCUCCGCCAAGCCCCCACACGUCUUCCAGUCCGCAUUCUACCAUUAGAUCGUUCGGAGGUGCGUAUCCUCCUCCGCCUUCGCCUAAUUUGACUUAAUAUUUAUUGUCCUAAUCAUUUACCAUGUAUUAUUAUUAAUUUUAUCACUCUUGUUGUUUUUAAUGUGUAUUAACGGGUAACACGACAAGCAGCAGCUAAAUGCAUACUUACAAGAUACUGCUUAACUAAAUAGAUACUAGUUAACUUUUACUAUUAUGACGAACCAAUCAAUAAUCAUGUUACAAUCUACAAAUCCAUAUUAUUUUUAUUUUGUGUUUCACAUUUGUUUUUUUAGAUUUUAGAAACUUGGUACAGAUUUAAACCAAAUAAGUAAUUGAAGUAAUAAAUCCAAUCGCAAUUAUGGAUAAACUCUA